UGCUUGCAGAGGUGAAGAAUGAGAAGAAAAAAACAACAGUCGAGAACAUCUCUAAUCUCUACUCAAUUGGCUGCCCAGUGAUGAAAAUAUUGCAAGAAUAUCUCUAGUCGAACUCACAAACAAAUAAGUUACAAAGGGUGGAUAAGUACCUGUGAAUCCAUUGUUCUUGAGCUUGAAGCAGCAAGCGGAUGCACCGUGGUAUUAUUUGUAAAAGGGAGUGAGUAGGGGGGGAAUGGAGCAGAACCAGCCGCCGCCGCCAGGGGCGGGGCCUUACCAGGUGGCGGCUGCGGGGCCGUUCCAGCACCUGCUGCAGCAGCAGAACCAGCAGCUUCAGGUGUUCUGGAACUACCAGCGGCAGGAGAUGGAAACGGCGGCGGAGUUCAAGAACCAGCAGCUGCCGCUGGCGCGCAUCAAGAAGAUCAUGAAGGCGGACGAGGACGUGCGGAUGAUCUCGGCGGAGGCGCCCAUCCUGUUCGCCAAGGCCUGCGAGCUGUUCAUCCUCGAGCUGACCAUCCGGUCCUGGCUGCACGCGGAGGAGAACAAGCGGCGCACGCUGCAGAAGAACGACAUCGCCGCCGCCAUCGCCCGCACCGACAUCUUCGACUUCCUGGUGGACAUCGUCCCCCGCGACGACCUUGCUGCUGCGGCCGGCGCCAAGGAUGAUGGCGCCCUCGGCCCUGGCGGUGGCGCUGCCGCCCCCGGCGUACCCUACUAUUACGCUCCGCCGCCGCCGGCGCUCAUGAUGGGACAGCCCGCGGACAUGUACAUGCAUCGCCAGGCGUGGCCGCACAUGUGGCAGCCGCAGGAGGACGGCGGCGAGCAGGGCAUCGAUGCGCAGGGAUUCGACUCGCCGCCGGCUCCACCUGGUCCCAAGUAACUAAUUAAAACAGAAUAACAGAUCGAUGAAUCGAUGUAUGCUAAGAGAAAUUGAAUAUUGUUCAAUAUUAUUCCCUUUUAAUACGAUCGAUGGAUCGAAUAAUAUAAAAAUAUGUUUUGUUUUUA